AUUGACUCUUGAGUAUGGUCGAACUGUUCAAGGCAUUGGAUGGUGAAGAUGAAGAUUUCCUAAGAACUAUUUGUUUAAAAGUUGAGAGUAAACUGACUUCUCACUGGGUUUCGACAUACAAUACACUUUAUAUGAAUAGUUAAGGAGCAGUGUAGUUUCUGCCUUGAUUGCUGCUUAUCCAUAUGAUGUUAAGGCAGCAUUGAAGUGGAGUAGCUACUGAAGCUCAAAUAUCUCCAUUUUUAAAUUUGUGGCUCGAAAGGUAGUGAAAUUAUGCAGACUCCAAAAGGAAGCAGAAGUGGCUCCUCAGAAGUGCCUCAAAAGGUUUCACCACAACCUGUUCGCCAACUGAAGCCAACUGCACUAGAGUCUGACUCUUCAUCUUCCUAUAGUCAAACGAGGACUCCAAAGGAAAGGAGCCCUAAAGUUGUUGAGCGUAGGUCACCAAGAAGCCCGGUUUCUGAGAGGAAGCGUCCUAGCAGAAUAUCUGAGUUGGAGUCUCAGGUUUCCCAACUUCAGGAGGAGCUGAAGAAGGUGAAAGUCCAGUUAAAUUUGUCUGAAUCAUGGAAGAAGGAAGCUCAGCAAGAGGCCGAAGACUACAAAAAGCAACUGUCAGCCAUGUCUGUAGAGUUAGAAGAGUCCCAGAAGGAGCUACACAAGCUGUCUGCUUCUGAGCAGGCUCAUGUUGUAGAGCUUCGAAGGAUCUCGCAAGAACAGGAUGGUGCUUGGCAGUCUCAGCUUGAGAUUGUUCAGAAGCAGCACUCAGUUGACUCAGCUGCCUUGGCUGCUGCCACCAAUGAGAUCCAGCAGCUUAAUUUCCAGCUUGAAAUGGUAGCUGAAUCUGAGGCUCUACAGACCAAACAUGCUGAAUCAAGACAGUUGGAGCUCCAGAGCUUGAAAGGGAAGCUCGUGGAAACUCUUUCAAUUGUUGAAGGCAUGAAAAACCAGCUAAGCAAUAGUAAGGAAUCAGAAACACAGGCCAAAGCAUUGGCCAAUGAAACUCUGCUGCAAUUGGAAGAUGCCAAAAAAACUGUGGAGACACUCAGGUCAGAUGGCAUGAAGACUCUUGAAGAUCACAACAUAGUCAUUUCAAAGUUAGAAAAAUCAAGAACACGUGUGAACUUAUUGGAAGGACUUAUUGGCAAACUCGAAAGGGACCUACUUAAUGCUAGCAGCGCCCACUCGCAAAAAUCUAUAGCUGAUAAAAGUAUUGAGCGUGGAACUGAAGAGUCCCGAAGUAUGGAUGAAUCAGAACAACAGGAUUCAGAACUCUUUUCUUUGAAGUCUGAGGUGGCGCGGUUAAGGUCUGCCCUGCGAGCUGCUGAGGUUAAAUGUGACGAAGAACAAGUUCAGAGCACAGUGCAGGUAAAAAAGGCUUAUGAACUAGUAGACCAAGUAAAAUCUGAAUCAAGUCUAAGAGAGGCUGAACUGGAGAAGCAACUGGAGAAAUUGAAGGCUGAUAUUGAGGAUUUGAAGGCAGACUUGAUGGACAAAGAAACUGAAUUGCAGGGCAUUUCAGAAGAAAAUGAAGGCUUGAAUAUGAAGAUCAAGAAUAGCCUUUCAUACAAGAGAGAAUUUGAGGUUGAAAAUGAACUUAAAAAACUAAAUGAACAUAUUGGAGAUUUGAAGGCGAGUCUGGUGGACAAGAAGACAGAGUUGCAGAACAUAUCAGAGGAAAAUGCAUCGCUGAAGAAGGAAAUCAGUAGAAGAGAACAGGAAGGAGUUAAAGUCAAGGACAAGGUGGUCGUAGAAGUAGAGGCAGCAAGGGCUGCAGAGAGGGAGGCGCUCACAAAACUUGGUGUUGCGAUGGAAGAGGCGGAUAAGAGUAACAGAAAGGCCGCAAGGGUGUUUGAGCAGCUUGAUGCAGCACAAGCAGCAAAUUCUGAAAUGGAAGCAGAGUUGAGAAGGCUAAAGGUGCAAUCUGACCAGUGGAGGAAGGCAGCGGAGGCCGCUGCUGCCAUGCUUUCAGCAGGGAAUAAUGGCAAGUUUACGGAUAGAACUGGGUCGUUGGAGAGCAAUUAUAAUCCUGUUUUGGGAAAGAUAAGCCCUUCCUAUGACGAAGACAUGGAUGAUGAUUUGCUGAAGAAGAAAAAUGGAAACAUGCUAAAGAAGAUUGGAGUGCUGUGGAAGAAGCCACAUAAGUAGAAGCACCUCGAGGUACAGGGGUGACUGGAGCAGCUGAGUCGUCGAGGAUUUUGGUAGUGGUGCGACUGCAGUUGUUAGUAUAUGAUUACUCUUCCGCCUGCUAUAGUGCUAUGGAUUGUAAUAUCAGGCUUCUCUUUGUAUUAACUAUCAAGCCAGGAAUGAUGUGAUGAAUCUCUAUGUUCUUGGCAUAAGACAUACUUAGUAUUUAGUAAGGCCGCUUGGUUAAUUCGUCCACGCUACUGUAAGAAACGUAGUACUCGGCCGUGGAAUGAUUUUGUUAUUUGCAAGGUCUUUGGAUCUUCAUGAAAAUUGGGUAUUUCUGGCUUUGUAAAUCUGUUUUUGUUAAUCAGGGAAUUUCUAGAAGUACUGGAAUCGUUGAAGGUGGUUAGUGUUGUAUGA